AUGGGAGACAAUGGCUCUCAGAGGGGCUCCUGGGGUGGCCCCUCGUCCACUGGGGUGGCCCCUCCCCCGCUGUUCCUCUCCCAGCUCUCCCCCUCUGCAGACUUCGCCGUCGCUGCCUUCCUCACCUUCACAGUUGUCGCAUCAGUACUGGGUAACGGCGUGGCGUUGUUAGUCUACUGCAGGAGACGGAAGAAGCUCAGACCUCCAGAGCUCAUGACCAUCAACCUGGCCCUCUGCGAUUUUGGUUUCAGCUUCUUGGGAGGGCCAUUUUCUAUCAUUUCCAGCCUGUGUCAUGCCUGGGUGUUUGGGGAGACGGGGUGCCUUUGGUACGGCAUUCAGGGCUUUGUGUUUGGCAUCGGCUCUCUGCUCACCACCUGCCUCAUCUCUCUGGACCGAUGCCUGAAGAUCUGCUGCUUAAGAUACGGUCAAUGGAUUGAGAGACGCCAUGUGUCUCUGUCCAUAGUGCUGAUGUGGGGUUACACAUUGUUCUGGGCCUUGCUGCCUGCUUUUGGCUUUGGAAGUUAUGGACCAGAACCUUAUGGGACCAGCUGUACCAUCAACUGGUGGAGCAUGAGGUCGUCUCUGAAUGACCGAAUCUAUAUUUUCCUCAUCAUGAUAUUAUGCUUUGGAUUUCCUACACUCACCAUCGUCGCUUCAUAUUUGGCCAUCCUUCUGACGGUCUUCAGAUCUAAUCGAACUCUGGCGUCUAUACCGUCCUCUUCUGUCAGUCACACUGGCAAAGACCUGAGACUUACAAAGAUAGCUGCUGUGGUGUGCACCACCUUCUUGCUGGCCUGGAUGCCGUAUGUUGCUGUGUCUCUGGUCUCUGCACUCAUUCCCAGAGAUGAUCGAGAGGCACCUUUACAGACUGUGGUGGAGGAGUCAACGGAUAUGGCCUCGAGCUCUCCAAGUGCUCCAAGGAGCCUUAAUAUCCCCUCAUUGCUGAACUUGACCGCUGCAGAAUAUUACAGACAAAUCUACAACAGCCACGAGAACACGUGGAGCAAUGUGAACAACAUGAAUUCAGCCUCCAUCCCCGGCCUGAGUGACACCACAUUCAGGUCCAAAGAAGCUGAACCAAGGACCGGGAGCCCCCAGUCGUUCUCCUGUCUCCCACCUGUAGUCACCUUGAUCCCUGCCAUAUUUGCCAAGUCCCACUGCAUGAUCAACCCUUUAAUCUACCAGAUCAUGAACAAGGAGUUCAGGGAUGAGGUCUACGCGAUGGUGUUUGGCCAAGAGAAGGCAGAGAGGAGGCGAAUGCAGGCCAGGAAGGAAAGCUUAUGUGAAAGGAGCAUCAGCCUCUCCUACUGCCAGAGCUGGAGGAGUAAAAGGAGCCCGACCUGUGGAAAGAAAAAAACAGAAAUCUGA